GGCAACUAUCAUCAGUAGAACGGGGAACAAUGAUGCUACGAAGCAUCUCAGUGAUUGUGCUACUGACAGCGCUCAUGCUGACAUUCGGCCAUGGUGAAGAAUGUACCGAAGCUAAUGAGGAGUACUACAACUGUGCGUCUCCGUGCCGCCGCAACUGCACGAACCUGGGAGCACCGUUGGAAAACUGUACGAUCAUGUGCGUUUCGGGAUGUUUCUGCAAGCCCGGCUACUUUCGGCGGGAGGAUAACGCCUGCGUCAAGCCAUGGUUUUGUGCGAAGAGUUCGCGGAAAGGCAAAUUCCCUGCUGGAACAAAUCUAGAAAUUCCGCCGAUUGCCAACAGCUAGUCAAGUGCGUUCGCCGCACUAUACUCUGUUGUGUCUCGCUGUAAUGAUUGUUUAAGGUGGAAUGGUGGAAACCCCAAACUGUACAAACAAUUCGCUGUAAAAUGACACACAUGUAUCAACCGGCACAUUUUUCGUUUUGUUUUUUCGAAUAAAAAAAAAUCUUCCAUUUUCCUUCAGCCUUCUCCAUCCGAAUUGAUUGACUCACCUUGAUGGCUUUCUACACGCAUGGACAGCGUUCUUAGUGGUGAUUAGUGCUUACGGGGGUUUUUCCCCCAAAAUGAUUAAUAGGGUAGCAUAGGUUAGUAUCAGAUCGUAUGUAUUCUGCUAGUAAAAUAACGUGAAACAAAAAGGCAAACUUGCGAAAGG